UUUCUUCGUUUUACGGGCACUGGACGUGGAGCGCGGCAGCGGACGCCGUGGGGAUCGGGCACCUACGAUAAGGCCCCCGGCGGGGAAGCGAGAGCGGGCGAGAGGGCGAGGCGAUAGGUAAUAGAGGGCAUUCGACGGUUGUCUGGUCUGCCCGGGGGGGUGGAGCAGCCCGGGAAUGCCCUCGAUAGGUUGCUGUAGGCCGCUAGGUCUGUCAAGCAUACUAAGGUCCCCAUCCCCAUGUCCACCCGCAGCAGCAGCACCAGCACCGGCAGGCCAAGGGGAGCGCGAAGGAUCCGCCGUCCAUCCUCCAUCCAUUCGCCUGUCCUGUCCUGUCCUGUCCUGCUUUUCGGCUCGACGUCUCCGAGAGGGGUGGAGAGGGACCCCUUCCCCUCUCUCGCUCCUCUCCCCCGGCGCCCGCUUCCGGGAUCGGCGACUAAUAGCCCGGUUUUUUUUUUUUCCCUUCACCUUCGGCGGGGAGCUACAGUGUAUUCAAAAGGUGGGCUUUCGGCCUCGUCGGGCGCAAUUCGGGGUGUAUUGCAUCUGUAUACAUCUACAACUCCACCUAUCUAUACCUCUCUCUCUCUGGAUAUAUGCGGUGCAGAAACCACGGGCACUCGCCGGCCCUGUGCGACUCCGACCCUGCAGGCCCUGCUCCCUCGGGCGCGCAUAGCGCCACAGCGCCGACGUGUCCCCGCGCGUCCGGUUCGCCGCCUUGGGAGGGAGGCAGUAGUAGUCCAUGAAGCGCGGCGCCUGUCAUACACCCACACGACGCGGGCGCAGAGAGAGAGAGAGAGAGAGAAGCAUCGGCCGGAGAGCGACGGCCGCGCGCGUAUCAGCGAUGCCAGCGACGCAGCGCAGCGGCCGCCUGCUCGGCGAGGGCAGGUCCAGCCGCGAGGCCCGGAGGGGGACCUGUCGACGUCCGGGCUAGGCGAUUGGAGGGGGGCGUUCGAGUUGUAGGCCGGCGCGUCGCGGGAGGGCGCAAGAGCUACCUAUACUACGUGGGCCAAGUGAGGAGGACGAGGAGGGCGCCGUUGGGUGGUUGGGUAGUUGGUUGCCUCAACCGGCGGCUGACUGGCUGGCUGGCUGGCUGGCUGGCUGGCUGGCUUCUCCCCCCCUUGCCCGUCUCUCCCUGUCUACGCGAACGUCGUGCCCCAGCCUAGCGGCGUUGGCAGGCUAACCGGUUUGUUGGCGAGCUUCUUGGCUUCGCCGGCGUAUCGGGACACGGCCGGGCUCUUCCUCUCUCUCUCUCUCUCUGAUCUACCGACAGCCUGCAGGAAGGCAUUAGAGGGCGUCUGCCUUAUCUCUUCUCUGCUCGCCUUUUUUUUCUUGUUGGCUGGCGAUGUACAUCUCCU